GAUACCACUGGAAUCAUUGGGGAAGAAAGCGGACAGAGUAUCAGUGGCGAAGAGCAGCAGCUGCGCAGCAUGCCGAAUGUUAAGGUUUUUUCCGGAUCAUCUCAUCGAGACUUGACGGAACGAAUCUGUGAACGCUUGCAGCUUGAUGUCGCGAAAGCGUCGCUUAAGAAAUUCAGCAACAAAGAAACAAAUGUGGAGAUUGGCGAAAGUGUGCGUGGUGAAGAUGUGUAUAUAAUUCAGAGUGCUUGUGGCGAGAUCAAUGAUCAUUUGAUGGAAUUGCUAAUCAUGAUAAAUGCCUGUAAGAUCGCCUCGUCCUGUCGUGUGGCUGCUGUAAUCCCGUGCUUCCCAUAUGCUCGACAAGACAAAAAAGAUAAAUCUCGUGCUCCGAUCAGUGCGAAAUUGGUAGCAAAUAUGCUGUCAGUGGCUGGUGCCGAUCAUAUAAUUACCAUGGAUUUACAUGCUUCUCAAAUACAGGGUUUCUUUGAUAUUCCAGUGGACAAUUUAUAUGCUGAACCGGCAAUCCUGAAAUAUAUCAAGGAAUCGAUACCGAAUUGGCAGCAAGCUGUUAUCGUGUCGCCGGAUGCUGGCGGUGCAAAACGUGUAACAUCGAUUGCGGAUCGAUUAAACGUUGAUUUUGCAUUGAUACACAAGGAACGAAAGAGGGCCAAUGAAGUGGAGAAGAUGACUCUUGUGGGAAAUGUCCAGAACCGAGCCAGCGUUUGUUAG